AUGUAUUUCCUUUCUUCAGAUGAGAAGAGUCUGCAAGAGCUGUUGGCAGUCAUCCCAAUUGGGCUGGUGGGUGUAAAAGAUGGACUCCAGGAAUAUUAUUCUAUUACUUACCAGACUUUGAUCUCCAAUGAUAAGAAAGCUGCCCUGAGAGCAGCUGACCCAUUUGGGGAUGACGUACACCUUGCUCAUGCCCCAGCAGAACAGACUAAGAGCAAACCCAAUUAUCCAUGUGCAGCACAGGCAGUUCCCAGAAAUAAUCCUGACUGGGACCCAAAUGAUGAACAGGAUGCUGGGAAAAUUAGACAUUUCCAAAUGUUGGUCCUUGAGGCCCUCAGGAGAAUCAAGCAAAAGCCCAUUAACUAUGCUAAGAUUUCAGAAAUUAUUCAGGGCCCCCAGGAAAGCCCUGCUAUUUUCAUGGAGAAACUCAGGGAGGCAAUGAGAAAACAUACCACCAUGGAUCCUGAAUCCACAGAGGGCCACCUACUUUUUAAGGACAAAUUUAUCACUCAACCAAAUACUGAUUUCUUUUGUUGCUCUUUGCAUUUACUUUCCAUCUUCCAGUUCUCAAAAGUGUAUGGCCCUGUGUUCACUCUGUAUUUGGGCUUGAAGCCUUCUGUGGUGUUGCAUGGAUAUGAUGCAGUGAAGGAAGCCCUGGUUGAUCUAGGAGAGGAGUUUGCUGGAAGAGGCAGUUUCCCACUGUCUGAAAAAGUUAAUAAAGACUUUGGAAUCCUCUUCAGCAAUGGAAAGAGAUGGAAGGAGCUUCGUCGCUUUUCCCUCAUGACCCUGCGGAAUUUUGGGAUGGGAAAGAGGAGCAUUGAGGACCGCGUUCAGGAGGAAGCCCGCUGCCUUGUGGAGGAGUUGAGGAAAACCAAUGGCUCACCCUGUGAUCCCACUUUUAUACUGGGCUGUGCUCCCUGCAAUGUGAUCUGCUCCAUUAUUUUCCAGAAACGUUUUGAGUAUAAAGAUCAGAAUUUUCUUAACUUGAUGGAAAAAUUCAAUGAAAACCUCAGAAUUAUAAGCUCCCCAUGGAUCCAGGUCUGCAGUAUUUUCCCUGCUCUCAUGGAUUAUCUCCCAGGGAGUCAUAACACAAUUAUAAAAAAUUUUGAUUAUGUAAAAAGUUAUGUUUUGGAGAAAAUAAAAGAGCACCAAGAAUCUUUGGAUGUCAACAAUCCUCGGGACUUCAUUGAUUGCUUCCUGAUCAAAAUGAAAGAGGAAAAGAACAAUCAACAGUCUGAAUUUACCAUUGAAAACUUGUUAACCACUGUAACUGAUUUGUUUGGAGCGGGAACAGAGACAACAAGCACCACUAUGAGAUAUGGACUUUUGCUCCUGCUAAAGCAUACAAAUAUCACAGCUAAAGUCCAAGAAGAGAUUGACCAAGUGAUUGGCAGACACCGUAGCCCUUGCAUGCAGGACAGGAGGUGCAUGCCUUACACAGAGGCUGUGUUACACGAGAUCCAGAGAUACAUUGAUCUCAUCCCCACCAGUGUGCCCCAUGCAGUGACCUGUGAUGUAAAAUUUAGAAACUACUUCAUUCCCAAGGGAACAAGAAUAAUAACAUCACUGACUUCCGUGCUGCAUGACGAUAAGGAAUUCCCUAAUCCAGAGGUGUUCGACCCUGGUCACUUUCUGGAUGAGAGUGGCAACUUUAAGAAAAGUGACUACUUUAUGCCUUUCUCAUCAGGAAAACGUAUAUGUUUGGGAGAGGGCCUGGCCCGCAUGGAGCUGUUUUUGUUCCUGACCACCAUUUUACAGAAUUUUAAGCUGAAACCUGUGAUUGACCCCAAGGACAUCGACACCACCCCCAUUGCCAAUGCGUUUGGCCGUGUGCCACCUUUGUACCAGCUCUGCUUCAUUCCUGUCUGAAGAAGGGCUACUGGCUGCUGCUGUGCCACAUCUGCCACUUCUCCUCCUUGGAGGCAUCAUCCCCCUUCUCACUCUCAGGGAUACCUCCUCUCAGCUCUGCCUCAUAUCCCCAUCUUCUCCUGAUCCAGUGAACAUGCAGCUUUCAUUAAGAAGUGUUUUCUGGAUCACUGCAUAAAUAAAUCUGCUAUUCCCUGUACUCUGUAACUCUUGCAUAUACCACCACAGGUUCUAAUACUCAGUUACUAAUAUGCUAUCAUGGUAAAACAGCACAAUAACUAAUCUAUGACAAUUCAGAGUCAUGAAUUCCCUGCAUGUUCUGAAUAAAAUGUACUGUUGUUGUUGGAUC